UGGAUAAUCCGGUGGCAAAGCUGAACACAAUUUUUCCUACCCAUACUACCCAGCGUUCAAAUCUAACACAUGCUCAAAAAGGUAACUUGAACCUUAAGCAAAAAACUUCAUUGAAAAUUACCAGCUCUACGCAGGAUAUUUUUUAACUCUAUCUUUUUUUCUAAACUUUUUAAGGUGGCGCCAGGGUAAAUAGGCAGCUCUCUAUUGCGCCUCACCGACUGUAAACAUGUAUGUUCAUUUUUAGCAUAUAUACACACCGUUCAUUUCAGCAUAAAUAUUCACUAGAUUAUUUUUUAAUGCAAACGCCGAUAAGAGAGAGAACCCUGUCCGUGCGAGUGUUGUUUUUGUGCAACGUAUACAAAAUCGAGCCAUUGAAUGUUUUUGAUAUUCCUCGUCAGUCUUUACUUUCACUUCCUACUAGAUGGAAGUAUAGUGGAUUGUAGUCUAGCAGAUCGUUUAGUUGUGAUUAACAAAAACUGCUUUACAGCCGGCAACAAUGACUAACUUAGAAUUUCUGAAGGAUAGACUAGCUAAAAGCGGCCAGGAGCAUUUACUGAAAUAUUGGGACGAGCUCAAUGAUUGUGAAAGGCGACUUUUGAUCGAAGAUAUAGAGGAACUGAAUUUAGAUGAAGUGAAUGAAUUUUUCAAACGUGCCACAUCGUCACUUGAGGAGGGUAGUGCGAAACUGGAUGAUAAAAUGAAACCAGUGUGUGAGGACAAAUUCCUGUCCACUUCCAGGGAGAGCAUCACACAACUGAAUCGAUAUAGCGAUGAAGGAUUACAGCAAAUUUCUUUGGGGAAAGUCGGUGUCCUUUUAAUGGCAGGUGGCCAGGGUACACGGUUGGGAUUUUCUCACCCAAAAGGAAUGUUUAAUAUAGGGCUACCUUCGAAUAAAUCUUUGUUUCGCGUGCAAGCUGAAAGAAUCUUGAAAUUGCAACGAUUAUCUAGCGAGUUGACAGGUAGAAGUGGGCGUAUCACCUGGUACAUUAUGACCAGCGAACAAACUAUGGAUCCUACCAGGAAGUACUUCGAGCAGAAUAACUACUUCGGACUCGAUGCAGAAGAUGUGCUUAUGUUUGAACAAGGUAGCCUGCCAUGCUAUGAUUUAAAUGGCAGAAUCUUGCUGGAUCAGAAACAUCGUAUUGCGAAAGCUCCUGAUGGCAAUGGAGGCUUGUACCGAGCACUACGAGAUCGUGGUAUUCUAGAUAAUAUGAAUAGGCGUGGAGUGCUCUACCUGCAUGCUCAUAGCGUUGAUAAUAUUUUGAUAAAAGUUGCUGAUCCCGUCUUUAUUGGGUAUUGUGUCAGCCAAAAAGCGGAUUGUGCCGCGAAAGUUGUAGAAAAAUCUCAUCCAAACGAAGCAGUUGGAGUUGUCUGUCAAGUUGAUGGGAAAUAUCAAGUUGUAGAGUACAGUGAAAUUACACAGAAAACAGCCGAGCUUCAACAACCUGACGGGCGGUUGAUUUUCAACGCGGGCAACAUUUGCAAUCACUUUUUUACAGCUGACUUCUUGCGCAGAAUCGGUACAACGUUCGAAAGAGAGCUAAAAUUGCACGUUGCUAAGAAAAAGAUUCCGUUUGUGAAUGCUGCUGGAAUCCGCUGUACACCUGAUCAACCGAAUGGUAUAAAGAUUGAAAAGUUCGUAUUUGAUGUCUUCGAAUUCGCAGAGCAUUUCGUCACCGUCGAAGUACCAAGAGAUGAAGAAUUCAGUGCUCUGAAGAAUGCGGACACUGCUGGAAAGGACUGCGCAUCUACUGCACGAACAGACAUUUAUAGGUUACAUAAAAAAUACAUUGAAGCUGCUGGCGGCUCUGUGAAUGGGCUAGAGUGUGAAAUUUCGCCACUGGUAUCUUACGCAGGCGAAGGACUCCAGAUUUUGGUGGAUGGCAAACACUUUGUUAGUCCAGUUCAUUUGAUGGCGGAAGAAGAAAUUUCCUAAAGUUGAAAAGGAUGCUACAGCUACGUGCAGAUCACACGUAUUAUGGAAUAGUACUAACAUAUAACUUCCAAUAUUUGUUCAUACUAAUGACCUUUUUCGAAUAUAAGAAAUAAAAUCUAUGCACAGGAAUUCCUUACAGCUAUAAACCAGACAAGCUCACAAUAACAAAAUCUCAUAAUGCAGCGCGACUGAAAACUAGUUAGCAUGGGCUUCAAAAACCCACCCCCGUUGACCUUGAACACAAAAGCGGGUUCUUAGCAGUGUCGCUUUGUAAGGAAACAAGUUCAAUUUAACAAACUUUGUCUUUCUGGAGAUCUGUAUCGUGAAAAUAAUGAUUAGCAAAAGUAAAAUAUUUCAGUUACGUAUGUUACCUCCAAGGCUACUUUUUUACAAUAAACGACCGUACUAAACACUAGUUAGACGCAUUCACCCUUAUUCUUGUUUACGACGAAUGCGAGAUUCGUUCGAAAGUGAUUCGAACGAAUAGUAAGCCCAUUUGAUUUUGCUGUCGUAAACGGGAAUACAAACCACUUUCGAACGAAUCUCACAUUCGUCGUAAACAAGAAUAAGGGUG